UAAUCUUACAACAAUUAAUUUUUCAGGCAAGCAAAGGCAUAAUGCACUAAGAUUUUUUUUUUAUUUAAGGUUUUGUGAUUGAAAAAGUCGCUUCCCCAAAAUUUGAAGGACCUUAAAGGUCUCCUAAACAGAGUACCACCCGUGAGAGUGAACAGAAUAAAUCCUCCUGCGGGAGCACAGAAUUUUUUGAGCCACAGUAGACCCGUGAGAGUGAACCGAAUAACUGCUCCUCCGGGAGCACAAAAUCUUUUGACCCACACUAGGGUUGACCUGGCCAGUCCCGGUCUGUUCCAUGUUCCUUAGCCCUAUCCGGGCUGGGCCUAGCCAGAAAAAUUAAAAAAACCCAAAGGACAAAAAGAUUAAAACAAAAAUGGUUGUAUCGGGCCGAAAUGGGUCAGGUCCUUCUUACCUUGACCCAGGGCUGGGUCGAUCCGGCCAAGCCGGGACACCCCGCCCAUUGCCACCCCUACCCACAUAGGUCAUUAGCCACUCUCUUACCCUAUACAAACUUCGUUUAUAAACCCUAAAGCGAACACGAAAUGAACCGUAUGAAGAUUACUUCAUUUGGCAAUAGGCUUUAUAUAUCGCCUUUCCACUAAUCCCAAUUAACCACUAAUCCCGGCCUUCUCUUAUUUAACCCGAGCCCAUAAGCAAGCAUCACCAUUCAUUCCCUGUGGCUAGGCAAAAUCCGAGCCCACCUCACCUCACCCACCUGACCAUGAAAACCCCGAACCCACGAGCCCACUUUCUGAACCUGCUGCCCCUGUUGGUGUGCACGUUUCGUGCCAUAGCACAGCUUGGUAGCUGGGAGCUGCUUCAAGAAAAUGCAGGCAUCUCAGCAAUGCCUUCUCUUAUUUAACCCGAGCCCAUAAGCAAGCAUCACCAUUCAUUCCCUGUGGCUAGGCAAAAUCCGAGCCCACCUCACCUCACCCACCUGACCAUGAAAACCCCGAACCCACGAGCCCACUUUCUGAACCUGCUGCCCCUGUUGGUGUGCAUGUUUGGUGCCAUAGCACAGCUUGGUAGCUGGGAGCUGCUUCAAGAAAAUGCAGGCAUCUCAGCAAUGCACAUGGCUCUGUUGAGCAACGGCAAGGUGGUCAUGUUUGACAGGACGGACUUCGGGAAGUCGAACCUCUCGUUGCCAGCCGGAAGAUGCCGGUCGGAUCCUAACGAGCUCGCCCUAACCCUUGAUUGCACUGCCCACUCGGCGGAGUACGAUCCCGUCGCCAACUCUGUUAGGCCGCUCUUUGUUCAGACUGAUGUCUGGUGCUCCUCGGGCGCCAUUGCACCUGACGGCCGCCUCAUCCAGACUGGGGGCUUCAAUGACGGAGACCAUGUCGUUAGGGUUUUCCAGCCGUGCGAUAAUUGUGACUGGGAGGAGUUCCCAUCCGGCCUUGCUGCCCGCCGCUGGUAUGCCACCAACCAGAUCCUCCCGGACGGCAGGAUCAUCGUUAUCGGCGGUCGUCGACAAUACAAUUACGAGUUCUACCCCAAGUCUGAGAUGACUGCUGCAACCUUUCUCUUUCGAUUCCUGGCUGAAACCAAGGAUGCCAAUGAGAACAACCUCUACCCUUUCGUCCACCUGAGCACAGACGGGAACCUCUUCGUGUUUGCCAACAAUCGUUCCGUCCUCCUCGACUAUGGCGGAAACCGCAUCGUUAAGGUAUUCCCGACAAUGCCCGGAGGGGACCCCCGAAACUACCCGAGCUCAGGCUCCUCAACCCUCCUACCCUUGCGAAUCUCACCGGAAUUAUCAGCUAUCCCGGUGGAGGUGCUGGUGUGCGGUGGCGCGCCAACUGGUUCGUAUGAUCAGGCAAGGGAGGGGCAGUUCGUCCAAGCAUUAGAUACAUGUGGGAGAAUAAGAAUCACCGACCCGUCCCCGCAAUGGCAAAUCGAAACCAUGCCAGUGGCGAGGGUCAUGGGCGACAUGGUACUGCUGCCCACCGGAGACGUGCUCAUAAUCAACGGUGCCUCUGCAGGAACCGCAGGAUGGGAAUUUGGCCGGAAUCCUGUGCUCUCCCCAGUCCUGUACAACCCGGUUGCCCCAUCCAGUGCUCGGUUCCGAACCCUAGCCUCGACACAAGUGCCUCGAGUCUACCACUCCACCGCAAUCCUGCUACCCGAUGGACGCAUUCUAGUCGGCGGCAGCAACCCUCAUGUGUACUAUAACUUCUCCGGUGUGCUUUUCCCGACGGAACUAAGGCUAGAGUCAUUCUCUCCGCCAUAUCUGAGCCCGCAAUUCUCCAGACUCCGGCCAAAUAUCAUUUUUCCUGCUAGCAAUCCGGCAACUAUAAGGUUUGGACAACAGUUUCAGGUGAGGUUCUCUGUGGAGUCUAUGGUGGGUGCAGAGGGAAUCACUGUAACAAUGGUGGCUCCUUCUUUUACAACUCAUUCCUUUUCCAUGAACCAGAGGCUUUUGGUUCUUCAAAAUACGAUGCUUACUGUUUUGUCUCCUAACGUUUAUCAAGCGAACACAGUUGCUCCACAAUCACCAUUAUUGGCACCCCCGGGGUACUACCUUAUAUUUGUGGUCCAUCAAGGUGUACCCAGUUCUGCCAUAUGGUCCCGCAUCUCAGCCUGAAUUACAAAAUUCAGCAUGCUUACCAUUUUUUUUAGGCCAAUUUUGUUGUAAUUUUAUUUACACAUAUGGUUUGCAUAAUGUUACAACCUUGAAUAAUCAAAGUAAUAUGCACCUCAAAAUUUUAUCAUAAGAUGUAAUUUGAGCAUAGCCUUAAAAUCUAUUUUUCU